GUGGUCGGACAAUGAGCCCACUAAGGAUAAAUGAGCGUUAGGCUUCACUUGAGAGAUCGUUUAUUGCUAUUUUACACUGAGAAGUCCCACAAAGGAGAUGGCAAUUUCAAGGAUUUGCUCCGGGUCAUCUAGGCAGGAGCAUGAGGCCUUUCUGUUGUAGUUGGCUCUGUACUGGAAUCACCGCCACAGUGGAAGAAAACGGCAGCUCAUGGCGCCAGGCCUUUACAAACUCGGGCUUCAGCCCAACCCCAGAGUUCCCCCCAUACUUGUGCAAGGCCUGCGGGGGCCAUUUUGACACCAUCGCAAGACAGCACGUAUGUGCUGACUGCAAGAAGCACUUCUGCGGCCGCUGCUCGGUGCAGCUGGAGCCUCGGCGGCGGACCAUGUGCCUGACGUGCCGGCGCUUCCAGGGCACGCUGUUCGAGCGCGCGCAGCUGAUGCGGCUCAAGGUGCGCGAGCUGCGCGACUACCUGCACCUGCACGAGGUGCCCACCCAGAUGUGCCGCGAGAAGGAGGAGCUGGUGGAGCUGGUGCUGGGCCAGCAGACGCCCUCCACCAGCAGCAGCACCAGCAGCAGCAGCAAGGGCCCGCCGACACCGCCGCACCAUCAGCUGGUGGAGCUGGAAUCAGAGCAGCUCACAGAGGAGGAGGAGGAGGAGGAAGAGGAGGAGGAGGAAGAAGAGGAGGGGGAGGAUGAGGAGGAGGAUGAGGAGGAGGAGGAGGAGGAGGAAGACGACGAAGAGGAGGAGGGAGGGGAGGAAGAGGAAGAGGAGGAGGAGGAAGGGGACGAAGAGGAGUCCUCAGAGGGCGAGGAGGCACUGGCUCCAGGGCACCGGACCUCUCUGUCCGACCUCAGCUGCGUGGAGGACAUCGACGGCCUGAGCGUGAAGCAGCUGAAGGAGAUCCUGUCCCACAACCUGGUCAACUACCAGGACUGCUGCGAGAAGUGGGAGCUCAGCGAACGGGUCACUCGUCUCUACAAUGACCAGAAAGACCUGCAGAAUCUGGUUACAAAUGCUAAACUGGAGGCUGAAGCGGCGGAGCCAGCUGGCUGUAAAGGGGACGAGGAGAACCUGUGUCGGAUCUGCAUGGACUCGCCCAUCGACUGCGUGCUGCUGGAGUGCGGCCACAUGGUGACCUGCAGCAAGUGUGGCAAGCGCAUGAGCGAGUGCCCCAUCUGCAGGCAGUACGUGGUGCGGGCCGUGCACGUCUUCAGGUCGUAGCGCGGCGCGCGCGGGGGGCCCGCGGGAGGAAGUGCAGCGGCCCACUGACUGGGGGCUAGCGCUUUAGCGUGCAUCCUUUCUGUUUCUCAUUUACACGCACUCAACCA